ACGAGCUGCUGCUGCUUAGUGGGGAGAAAAGCGUCGGCUCGGCUGUGAUGCCGCUGGAUGAUGGCUGCCUUCGGUAUCCUAAGUUACGAACACCGGCCUCUGAAGAGGCCACGGCUUGGCCCUCCAGACGUUUAUCCCCAGGAUCCAAAGCAAAAAGAGGAUGAGCUGACUGCUCUGAACGUAAAGCAAGGUUUUAAUAACCAGCCAGCUGUGUCUGGUGAUGAACAUGGAAGUGCCAGAAAUGUCAACUUCAACCCCUCAAAGAUCAGUUCCAACUUCAGCAGCAUCAUUGCAGAGAAACUGCGCUACAACACAUUUCCAGACACAGGGAAACGUAAACCACAGGUCAACCAGAAGGACAAUUUCUGGUUGGUCACAGCACGAUCACAGAGCUCCAUCAAUAACUGGUUCACAGAUUUAGCUGGGACUAAACCUCUCACACAGCUGGCUAAAAAGGUUCCAAUCUUCAGCAAAAAAGAGGAGGUGUUUGGAUACUUGGCCAAAUACUCUAUUCCUGUCAUGCGGUCUGCGUGGAUGAUCAAGAUGACCUGUGCUUAUCACGCAGCCAUCACCGAGACUAAAGUCAAAAAGAGACACGUGAUCGAUCCUUGUAUAGAAUGGACCCAGAUCAUUACCAAGUAUCUGUGGGAGCAGCUGCAGAAGGUGGCAGACUUCUACCGACAGUUCCCCAGUCAGGGCUGCAGCUCGCCACUGCCGACCAUGCCUGCUGAUGUGGAGACGGCCAUGAAGCAGUGGGAGUACAACGAGAAGCUCGCCAUGUUCAUGUUUCAGGAUGGGAUGUUGGACAGACAUGAGUUCCUGACGUGGGUGCUGGAGUGUUUUGAGAAAGUUCGACCCGGUGAAGACGAGCUGCUCAGACUCCUCCUGCCCCUCCUGCUGCAGUACUCAGGAGAAUUUGUACAGUCUGCUUAUUUGUCACGACGACUGGCUUACUUCUGCACACGGCGCCUCAACCUGUUGCUAAGUGACGGUAGCCUGGGCCCUGGCGCAGGAGGGCACCCAGCACACGGCAUCUUGACACAGCAAAGCAAUGCCCUGCCCCCCACCCCGACCUCCCAGCCAGCUGGAGGGAACCAGCCUCAGACACCUUUCACAGAUUUCUACAUUUGCCCACAGCACAGGCCUCUGGUGUUCGGCCUCAGCUGCAUGUUACAGAGCAUAGUGUUGUGCUGUCCCAGUGCGUUGGUGUGGCAUUACUCUCUAACAGACAGCAGAAACAAAACCGGUUCUCCUCUGGACCUCCUGCCCAUCGCGCCCUCCAGUUUGCCAAUGCCAGGGGGAAAUACUGCCUUCACACAACAGGUUCGUGUAAAGUUGCGAGAAAUCGAGGAGCAAGUUAAGGAGCGGGGCCAGGCGGUGGAGUUCAGGUGGUCGUUUGAUAAGUGCCAGGAGACCACAGCAGGUUUUACCAUUGGAAGGGUUCUUCACACCCUGGAGGUUUUAGACAACCACAGCUUUGAGAAGUCGGACUUUAACAACUCACUGGAUUCCCUCUACAACAGGAUAUUUGGUUCUGGGCAGAGUAAAGAUGGCCACGAGAUGUCUCCUGACGAUGACGCUGUGGUGACCUUGCUGUGUGAGUGGGCCGUGUGCUGCAAGCGCUCCGGCAGACACAGAGCCAUGGUGGUGGCCAAACUACUGGAGAAGAGACAGGCUGAAAUAGAAGCAGAGAGGUGUGGUGAGUCAGAGGUGGUGGAUGAGAAAGGCUCCGUGUCGUCCGGAUCCCUCUCCGCUGCAACUUUGCCGGUUUUCCAGGACGUUCUGUUGCAGUUUCUAGACACGCAGGCGCCCACGCUCAACUUGAACAGGGAAGUCCUGGUAUUGAAUCAUUUGCAUCGUUUUCCAGCGGAGCCCGGAAAUGAAAGUGAGCGGAUCGAGUUCUCCAACCUCGUCCUUCUUUUCUGCGAGCUCAUCCGCCACGACGUCUUUUCCCACAACAUCUACAUGUGCACGCUGAUCUCCCGUGGCGACCUGGCGUCCGACUCCCACCUUCCGAGGCCGCGGUCCCCGAGCGACGAGCACUCUGACGAAUCCGAGCGGAAAGAGCAAGACGUGGGCAGCAGCGUGAAGAUGGAGGACACCGGUCUGUCUGAGUCCAUGGAGAUCGAUCACAACUCUAGUGCUAAUUUUGACGAGAUGUUUUCACCUCCGAUGCACUGUGAGUCCAAGGGGAGCCCCUCCCCCGAGAAGCCUGCUCCAGACCUGGACAGUAAGAGCAGCCAUAAGGAUAAAGGCAUGGACCCCGCCUUCCCGCAGCUGUACGAUCAACCCCGACACAUCCAGUAUGCCACCCACUUCCCUAUUCCACAGGAGGAAAGUGCCAGUCACGAAUGCAACCAGCGUUUAGUGGUCCUCUACGGCGUGGGCAAACUGAGAGAUGAGGCGCGACACACCAUCAAGAAAAUUACCAAAGACAUCUUGAAGGUGCUCAACCGCAAAAGCACCGCAGAAACAGGAGGAGAAGAAGGGCAAAAGAGGAAAAGAAGUAAGCCAGAAGCCUUUCCUACUGCAGAAGACAUCUUCUCUAAAUUCCAGCACCUCUCCCACUUUGACCAGCACCAGGUCACCUCACAGGUGUCCAGAAACGUUCUGGAGCAGAUCACCAGCUUUGCCUUAGGGAUGUCCUAUCACCUUCCUCUCGUCCAACACAUUCAGUUCAUCUUUGACCUCAUGGAGUACUCCCUCAACAUUAGUGGCCUCAUAGACUUUGCUAUACAGUUGCUGAACGAGUUGAGUUUGGUGGAAGCAGAGCUGCUGCUGAAGUCCUCCAGCCUGGUGGGCAGCUACACCACUAGCCUGUGUCUGUGUAUCGUAGCUGUGCUGAGGAGAUACCACUCUUGUCUCAUCCUCAACCCUGAGCAGACGGCGCAGGUUUUUGAUGGACUGCGGAUCGUGGUGAAGUCGGGUGUGAAUCCAGCUGACUGCUCCUCUGCUGAACGCUGUAUCCUGGCCUACCUGUAUGACCUCUACACGUCUUGCAGUCACCUCAAGAACAAAUUUGGAGAAAUUUUUAGCGAGUUCUGCUCCAAAGUGAAGAAUUCCAUCUACUGCAACAUCGACCCGUCGGAUUCCAACAUGCUCUGGGAUCCGGUGUUCAUGAUGGAGGCUAUCGCCAACCCCUCGGCCCACAACUUUAAUCACUCCAUGGUGGGCAAAAUCCUCAACGACAGCCCGGCCAACCGCUACAGUUUUGUUUGUAACGUUCUCAUGGAUGUUUGUGUGGACCACCGAGACCCCGAGAGGGUGAAUGAUAUCGGGAUCCUGUGUGCCGAGCUGACGGCGUACUGCCGCUCCCUGAGCGCAGAGUGGCUCGGCAUUCUCAAAGCUCUUUGCUGCUCCUCCAAUAACGGAAACUGCGGUUUCAAUGACUUGCUGUGUAAUGUAGACGUCAGUGAUCUAUCCUUCCAUGACUCCCUGGCAACUUUUGUAGCUAUCCUUAUUGCCAGACAGUGUUUACUCCUAGAAGACCUGGUUCGCUGUGUGGCCAUCCCCUCCCUCCUUAAUGCAGCCUGCAGCGAGCAGGACUCUGAGCCAGGAGCACGACUCACCUGCAGAAUUCUGCUGCACCUGUUUAAGACGCCGCAGCGCAACCCUGUCCCACAAGAUGGCGUCAAGUCAGACAAGUCGUCUGUGGGGAUCCGUUCCUCCUGUGAUCGUCACCUUCUUGCCGCUUCACAGAACAGCAUAGUUGUUGGAGCAGUUUUUGCUGUCCUCAAAGCCGUAUUUAUGCUGGGUGACGCUGAGCUAAGAGGCUCGGGUCUGUCGCACCCAGCGGGCCUCGACGACAUAUCUGAGGGUCGCAAUGUCUCCAUAGAAACAGCCAGCCUUGAUGUUUACGCAAAGUAUGUUCUGAAGACAAUCUGCCAGCAGGAGUGGGUUGGAGAACGCUGCCUGAAGUCCCUCUCUGAGGACAGCAGCGCUCUGCAGGACCCGGUGCUGGUAAACAUACAGGCCCAGCGGCUCCUGCAGCUCAUCUGUUAUCCUCACCGCCAGCUGGACAGCGAUGACGGUGACAACCCUCAGAGGCAGCGCAUCAAACGCAUCCUCCAGAAUAUGGACCAGUGGACGAUGAGGCAGUCGUCUCUGGAGCUGCAGCUGAUGAUCAAACAGAGCACAAACAAUGAGCUCUACUCUCUCCUGGAGAACAUAGCUAAAGCCACUAUAGAGGUUUUCCAGAAAUCAGCUGAGAUGAACUCCAGUAACCCCUCAGGAAAUGGAGCGGCAGCCCAGGCUGGCUCUGCAUCCAAUAGCAACAGCACCACGAGCAAGAUGAAACCUAUUUUAAGCUCCUCAGAGCGAUCAGGCGUCUGGCUGGUGGCCCCAUUGAUAGCCAAGCUGCCCACAUCGGUCCAGGGCCAUGUCCUGAAAGCAGCCGGAGAGGAACUGGAAAAGGGACAGCACCUCGGCUCCUCCUCUCGCAAAGAGAGGGACAGGCAGAAACAGAAAAGUAUGUCUCUGCUGAGCCAGCAGCCGUUCCUGUCUUUGGUGCUGACCUGCUUGAAGGGCCAGGAUGAACAGAGGGAAGGCCUUCUUACCUCCCUCUACAGUCAAGUGCAGCAGAUUGUCACAAACUGGAGAGAAGAUCAGUACCAGGAUGACUGCAAGGCCAAGCAAAUGAUGCACGAGGCUCUGAAACUACGUCUGAAUCUUGUUGGAGGCAUGUUUGAUACGGUGCAGCGGAGCACCCAGCAGACCACUGAAUGGGCAGUUCUUCUCCUCGACAUCAUCAGCAGCGGCACGGUGGAUAUGCAGUCCAACAAUGAGCUGUUCACAACGGUGUUGGACAUGUUAAGUGUGCUAAUAAAUGGCACGCUGGCUGCUGACAUGUCCAGCAUCUCCCAGGGCAGCAUGGAGGAGAACAAGAGAGCUUACAUGAACCUGGUGAAGAAGCUCAGGAAGGAGCUUGGAGAUCGACAGUCAGAAAGUUUGGAGAAGGUUCGCCAGCUUCUGCCGCUACCGAAACAAACCCGUGAUGUCAUCACCUGUGAACCCCAAGGCUCACUAAUAGACACAAAGGGCAACAAGAUCGCCGGCUUUGAGAAGGAGGGCCUUCAAGUAUCAACCAAACAGAAGAUUUCUCCUUGGGAUGUGUUUGAGGGUCUGAAACACUCAGCCCCUCUCUCCUGGGGCUGGUUUGGAACUGUACGUGUGGACCGGAAGAUCACUAAAUUUGAGGAGCAGCAGCGUUUCCUGCUCUACCACACCCACCUGAAGCCCAAACCUCGCAGCUAUUACCUGGAGCCUCUCCCUCUGCCCCCUGAGGAAGAGGAACCCUUGACGCCUGUCCCUCAGGAGCCAGAGAAGAAGAUGAUGGAGACGGUGAAAGCAGAGAAGAAUGUGCCAGCUGUUCCUCCAGAGUCGAACAAGAAGAAGCCUAGCAAAAAGAAGAAGUCUUCCUCUACCAAAACAGAGGAUUAUGGGAAUCGUGCAACAGGAGGUGUGAACUACAUGCCAAACAUUGCCCCAGAGUUAAUGCAGAGCCACCCAUAUGGCAGAACACCCUACAACCCACAGCCCAUGGGCAUGUUGGCACAGAACCAACCCCUGCCUCCAGGAGGUCCAGGGUUGGAGCCUCCGUACAGACCUCCGCGUAACAUGAUAAACAAAAUGAUACCCACUCGACCCAGCUAUCCACCCAACAUGGCUGGUUUGGUUGGAAUUGACAAGCCAUACCAAAUGCCCUACAAGCCCCCACCUAGCAUGGCUCAGAGCCAGAACCCACGGCAGCAGUUAAUGUACAGACUGCAAAGCCAAGCUCAUGGACAGCCCAUGAGGCAAAUGGCUCCUAACCAACCAUACACGGCAAUGCAAGCCUCACAGUCUCAGAGCUAUACCUCAUAUGGACCCCACGUGGGCAUGAGUGGUGGAAUCCUUUCCUCCUCCCCCUAUGGGAACCAGAACUUCCAGAGCACCCAUCCUGGACCAAACCCCGCCGUGGUGGAUCCUCACAGGCAAAUGCAGCCGAGGCCUAAUGGAUAUGUUCUCCAGCAGGCUCCAGGCCCCUACGUGCAGAUGCCAACAACACCAAGGUUUCCUCAAACCCACCAGUCGAAUCCUGUCAUGCAGGGUCUCAGCCAAACAGGACCCCAGGGAGUGUAUUCUGGCUUGAGGCACAAUCCGAUGCUGGCAGAUCAGCAGCAGCAACAGCAGCAGCAACAAGCAGCGCAGCAACAGCAACAUUACAACAGACAAGUAGCACUCCGACAGCAGCAGGCUCAAGCUCAGCAGCAACAGCAGCAGCAGCAGCAGGUUCAGCAACAGCAGGUUCCUCCUCAGCAGCAGGUUUCACAGCAGCAGCAGCAACAGCAGCAGCAGGUUUCAGCCGUGGCUCCUCCAGGUCAAACACAGAACCAGGGUCUGAACAUGCAGCCACUGCCCCCUCAGCAGCCCAUGUUUCAUCGACAUGGGAUGCCACAGACUCAGCAGCUACAGCAGACUCAGCAGCAGCAGCAGACUGCAGCUCUGGUCCGGCAACUGCAACAACAACUUUCCAAUACACAACCAGGACAGGGCACCAAUCAGUUUUACUAAAAAUGUUAAUAGCUGUGGGGACAAGAGGUCUUUGUUUUUGUGGGGCAGCCAUGUUUUGUAAAAUAUAUCCAGUCCGUUGUAGGCAGGUGGAGCGAAAGACACAAAGGACCACCUUAAAACAACAAUGAAGAGCCAAAACCCACCUUAAUUAUAAAGGCAACAAUUAGAAGAUACCAAGACUUCAGAUGUGUAAUUAUCGUUUAUCACAAAUGAGUCUGAUGGUUAAAUUUUGGUUCAUUAAAAAAAAAAACUUAUGUAAAAAAAUACCACAAAUUAUAAUAAUGCAUUUUUUUUAUUUACCUUGUACAUUUUUUCCCAGUUUUGUGUACUUCUCAUUAAAAAUAUCAUGUCAA